CCUCGACGCGCCUCCUCCUCCUCCUCCUCCUCCCCCAUCCUCGCUUGAGCGGCCGCCCGGCAGGAGGCGAGGCGAGGCGCGGACCGAGGGCUGCUUUCCUCCCCUUCUCCCUCUCCACCCCCGCGGCCGGGGAGCCGGAGCCGCGUCGCCACCGCCGCCGCCCCCGUCCGGCCGUAUGGCGGGCCCCCCGCGCUGGCUGGGCGUGAGCCUCUUCUCGGACCAGGGCGGCAGGAAAUACAUGGAGGACGUGACCCAGAUCGUCGUCGAGCCCGAGCCGCCCUCGGGGCCCCAGGAGGGGGCCUCCUCCUCCACGACGACGGCGGCGGCGGCCCAGGACUCUUCCCCCUCGGCGCCCUCCUCGCCCGGCGACGGCCUCGGGCCCCGCUCGGUGGCCUUCUUCGCGGUGUGCGACGGGCACGGCGGGCGGGAGGCCGCCCAGUUCGCCCGCGACCACCUCUGGGGCUUCAUCCAGAAGCAGAGGGGCUUCCGCUCCCGCGAGCCGGCCGCCGUCUGCGCCGCCCUCCGCAAGGGCUUCGUCGCCUGCCACCGCGCCAUGUGGAAGAAGCUGCCAGAGUGGCCAAAGACCAUGACAGGCCUUCCGAGUACAUCCGGGACGACCGCCAGCGUGGUGAUAAUCCGGGGCUCGAAGAUGUACGUGGCUCACGUGGGCGACUCGGGAGUGGUGCUUGGAGUCCAAGACGACCCCAAAGAUGACUUCAUCCGGGCCGUAGAGGUGACGCAAGAUCACAAACCUGAGCUCCCGAAGGAGAGGCAGCGAAUUGAAGGACUCGGGGGCAGUGUGAUCAACAAAUCUGGUGUGAACCGGGUCGUGUGGAAGAGGCCCCGUCUAACCCACAACGGUCCUGUGCGGCGGAGCACCGUCAUUGAUCAGAUCCCGUUCCUGGCAGUGGCUCGUGCCCUGGGAGACCUGUGGAGCUACGACUUCUACAGUGGCGAGUUCGUGGUGUCUCCUGAGCCGGACACGAGCGUGCACACUCUGGAUCCUCAGAAGCACAAAUAUAUCAUCCUGGGGAGCGAUGGACUGUGGAACAUGAUCCCACCGCAAGAAGCCAUUUCAAUGUGCCAGGGACACGAGGAGAAGAAGUACUUUAUGGGAGAGCACCAGCAGUCGUUGGCCAAAAUGCUGGUGAACAGAGCACUGGGCCGCUGGCGGCAGCGCAUGCUCCGUGCAGACAACACCAGUGCCAUCGUGAUCAGCCUCUCUCUGGUGCGGAGCAAUCAGAGUGGUCUGGAAAGCGAUGAGGAGCUCUGCUUCAACUUAGCGGAGAGCCCUUCCUAUCGCAGCCCGGAGACAUGGAUGAUGACGCCCUCGCGGUGCUCUACUCCACCUGUCAAGGUUUUGGAAGAGGACUUGUGGCCACAGCUGAACUCCCCGGAGGCUGUUCCUCCACUUACGCGUACCAACGCAAUGUUUGGUAAGCCUUCUGAGAUGGCCGGUGAGACUGCCAAGAGCAACCUGCCAUUACCAGUAACGUCUCCUAGAGAUGUUGGUCCGCAGGAAGAAAAGAACAGUAAAACACUCGGAUUGAGGGUACGAGAAUCAUACAGCAAAAGCCCGCCAGGUACCCUCUCUCCUUCCAACUCUGGGAACAUUGGCACGGACCCAAAGGUCUUCCGCGUGCCUUCGAGUGAUCCAGCAAAAGCCCAGGAGUCAGAGAGGAUGUCAACAGCAAGCUUCAAAAGGACAUUGGAAGAAUCCAAUUUUGGACCGGCAGUCAAGAAGCCCAGGCGAGGCCUAUCGCGGAAUAUUGGGGCCCAGCCUGAAAGUUUGUCCUCCGCAUCUCAGCACAAAAACUCCAGCAAGCUCGCCAUUCGCCGUAGCCUGCGAGGACAGAAGAAACUAGGGACUUCUUUGUUCCAGCAGCCUCGGAAAGCCCUCUGUGUUUGCUGAAGGGUGCCUGCGCUGAUGCAGUUCACACCUGGCCAGUUUGAAGUUGGUGCAGAUAUCUGAAACUCUACAGGUUUUCUCUUUUUUAAAAAAAAGUAGAAAAGAUUCCCCUUCCCCUCUUUUUGGGUUUUCAGACAGCUUUAUCCCUGCCCUUGUAUUCGCCUGUAAUAUAACUGUGAAUUUUGUAGACGGUAUUAGGAUUAAAAGGAGUUGCUGUAAAAAUGUGUGUAAAUUUAUAUUCCUUCAUACACAGGUAGUCUCUCUCCUCUGUUUCCCGAUCUAACUCCGUUUUGCAUAAUCGUUACGAGCAGGGCUAAAACUUGUUUUGAAUAUCUUUUUUGUUGGGGGGAAGGGUAGGUUAAUUUAGUACAAAGUCUUGAAUUUGUAUAAGCUUCUUGUGACGACUUC